AUGGACGCGGCGGCGAAGAAGAAGAUGACGCGGAGCAUCUCGCGGCAGCUCUCGUCGGGGGCGGCGCGGCUGUGGCGCCAGCUGUCGCUGGACCCGCACACCCCGCGCCACGGCGGCCCUGGGCCGGGGGCGGCGGCGGGGCCGCGGCAGCAGACGCGGUUCGCGAUCGCGAGGCAGUCGUCGCUCGACCCGACGCCGCGCGGCCGGCCGGACGGGUCGUCGGCGCACCAGCAGUUCGCGGUGCCGGAGAACCUGGACGCCACCAUGCGCCUGCUCUUCGCGGCGUGCCAGGGGGACGCCGCCGGGGUGGAGGAGCUGCUCAGGAGCGGGGUGGACGUCGACAGCAUCGACCUCGACGGGCGCACGGCGCUGCACAUCGCGGCCUGCGAGGGACAGGGGGAGGUCGUGCGCCUGCUACUCGACUGGAAGGCCAACAUCAACGCCCGCGACCGAUGGGGCAGCACGCCAGCAGCAGACGCGAAACAUUACGGCCAUUUUGAAGUAUAUAAUGUUCUGGGAGCAAGAGGAGCAAAAGUUCCGAAAACCAGAAAGACUCCAAUGGCUGUGUCAAAUCCGAAAGAAGUUCCAGAGUAUGAACUGAACCCACUUGAACUGGAGUUCCGAAGAGGAGAGGAGGUCACAAAGGGUACAUAUCUGGCAAAAUGGUAUGGCUCGAAAGUGUUUGUUAAGAUACUUGACAAAGACAGCUUCUCGGAUGCUGAUAGCAUAAAUGCGUUCAAACACGAGCUUACCUUACUUGAGAAAGCACGGCAUCCCAAUUUGGUCCAAUUUGUUGGAGCUGUCACACAAAAUGUCCCGAUGAUGAUUGUUUCAGAGUACCAUCAAAAGGGCGAUUUAGCCAGUUAUCUUGAGAUGAAAGGUCGCUUGAAGCCUCACAAAGCUAUAAGAUUUGCUCUUGAAAUUGCGAGGGGACUGAAUUAUCUCCAUGAGUGCAAGCCUGAGCCAAUCAUUCACGGACAUUUGUCACCAAAAAACAUCGUUCGGGACGAUGAAGGACAGCUUAAGGUGGCUGGGUUUGGAUCACUGAGUUUGACUAAAGUUUCUGAAGAUAAAGUACAAAUGGCUCAGCCAGUUACAAAACUAGACAAUGUAUACAUCGCUCCUGAGGUCUACAAAAACGAAUCAUUUGACAGAAGUGUAGAUGUAUUUGCAUUUGGUCUCAUUCUUUAUGAGAUGAUUGAAGGAACUCCUGCUUUUCACCCAAAGCCACAAGAGGAAGCAGCUAAGAUGAUUUGUUUAGAGGGGUUGAGACCAACAUUCAAGAAUAAACCAAAAUACUACCCCAGUGAUGUGAAAGAGCUGAUACAAGAAUGCUGGGAUCCGACGCCUUCUGUCAGGCCAACAUUCGCGGAGAUAAUUGUGCGCCUGAACAAGAUACAAGCGAGCUGUGCUAAGCAGGGUCGCUGGAGAGACACCUUCAAGCUUCCAUGGUACAUCUCUGGCUGA